CUCUGGCAGUGCGCGCUGCAACGCGAUCGGCCGGUGAUUACACCCGGAUUAUUUCUUAACACGCUUCACCUCCAUACUAAUGGAAGGACGUCACCGCUCGUGGGUCCAAACCGUCACAUUUGACGGCCUCUUUGCAUGUCACAUUUGACCGUUGACCCGUCCGCACACUUGUUGGUCACGUCUCAAGCGGCCACGAGGAGGCUAAUCACAGAAAGGAUGUUGCAGCAGUUGACAACAUUGGGACUCGUCUAAGUCAACCCGAGACCCAUUUUUGUGACUAUUUAAACAAAAAUAGAAGAGAAAGAUGAUUUUGAGCGUCGUCCUGCUUGCCCUGUACGCCGUCUAUGGCGGUGUGGCCUACGCCAUGCAACAUUACCCCGCGGCCUGGGGACACUAUGACGUGUGCAAGUCGCAGAUCUACACGGAGGAAGGCCUAGCGUGGGACUACAUGGCCUGUCAGCCUGAAGCCACCGACAUGACAAAGUACCUGCGGGUAGCCCUCGACCCGCCCAACAUCACAUGCGGGGAUCCGCCGGAAACCUACUGCGCUCUGGAGAACCCUUAUAUGUGCAACAACGAGUGCGACGCAAGCACCGAGGAAUUGGCUCAUCCGCCCGAGCUAAUGUUUGACUUUGAGGGUCGCAACCCCACCACUUUCUGGCAGUCCACCUCAUGGAAGAAAUACCCCAAGCCGCUGCAGGUCAACAUCACGCUGUCCUGGAACAAGACCAUCGAGCUGACCGAUGACAUUGUUCUCACGUUCGAGUCGGGCCGACCGGAGCUGAUGGUCCUGGAGAAGUCACUGGACUACGGCCGGACGUGGACGCCCUACCAGUUCUAUGCCACCGACUGUUUAGACGGUUUUACGAUGGAACCAAAGACGGUCGGUGACCUCACCCAGCGCACCCUGCUGGACAUCAUCUGCACCGAGGACUACUCACGGGGCUACGUAUGGAAGAACGACAAGACGGUUCGCUUUGAGAUCAAGGACCGCUUUGCUCUAUUCGCCGGGCCUCGCCUGCACAACAUGGCCUCCUUGUACGGCCAGCUGGAUACCACCAAGAACCUGAGAGACUUCUUCACCAUAACCGACCUGAGGAUUAAGCUGCUGAAGCCGGCCACUGGCGCCACCAUGGUGGACGAAAACAACCUGUCCAGAUACUUCUACGCCAUCUCUGACAUCAAAGUGCAAGGAAGGUGCAAGUGCAACCUACACGCCAACAGCUGCGUGUUUGACAAGGGGAAGCUGGGCUGCGAGUGUGAACACAACACCACGGGGCCCGACUGCAGCCGCUGCAAGAGGCACUACCACGGCCGAGCCUGGAGCGUGGGUUCCUACCUUCCCAUACCCAAAGGAACGGCAAAUAUAUGUAUUCCAAGCAGUCACGGACCAGCUCAUCGAGCAAACGCGUCAUCUCUCGGCGUCGCAAAUCGUAACCAAGCCCGCGUGUGUGACAACGCUAUGCUACGUUGCCAGAACGGUGGCACGUGCCACCACCACCACCAGCGCUGCCACUGCUCCCCGGGCUUCACCGGAGUCCUGUGCGAGAGGGCCCGCUGCCAAGGCCCCGGCGAGUGCGACGGCCAACUGUCAGGACGGGCCACCCGCCGCCAUCUCGCCGGUCGCCGUCUUGUUGUCGCCUCGCUCUUACUGAUUGUUUCUCUUUGCUGAGCAACCAAAAGCCCUAAAAAGGACAUGCACGCAAUGAAGCGGACCUUUGGACAGUAUGGACCUCAGCAACCUAGCGACUUUUCGGUACGUCUCGGGACGCCGUCGUGGAAUAGUACGCUAGGUGGACUGAUGGAACAUCACUGCUGUCUUGUAAUCUCACACAGGAAACAACUAUAAAAUGACGUGAUUGGUGGAUUCUUUUAAAGAGAGAAGUCAGUACUACCUGCAAACUGUAUAAAGCUACACAUUUUCUUAGAAUUAUCAUAAAGAAUAAAAAGGUGCCAACCCUCAAUUUUUUCCCUGAGCGCACAAUUAGCUGCAAAUCUUAACGUUACAGAGGUUUAAUAUCCUUUUCACAGCCAAAAUAUCAAUUUCCAAUGAUUAUCAAACCGCCAGCCAACUGUAGUCGUUUUGUAAAUAGAAGGAAGGCCCUGUCGCACUGUAUUCCCAGCAAAUUGGCAGAAAAGUAGAGCCAGACAGAGCUGAGCCAAGCGAGACAUUGCUGUGUCCGGAAGGGAGCGUUCAUGUCGACAUUGAUGCUCUUUGCAUUCAGACACGGUAAUUCAAUGUCGGCGCCGGUGUCUGGGACGGCCAUAAUUGCUUUCGACUUAAAGGGGCCGUGGGCAGUCAUGUGUUAAACUUAACACUUUGGCCGUGGCUUCCUGCAAUGGUUUUACACACUGGCGUCAUUCCGCCUUAGAUAUUACGUCAGACGCCGGCUAGUUCGCAGCUCAACCGGCCCUUUACACACACACACACACACAGGCCGGACGGGUGACAUAUGGGCUCCACGUUGAUGAUGCAAUUAUGUCACUCUGCUUUUGCUUUCUGCUUCUUGCCACAUUCACAUCACAGGCGUACGAGUAGAGCAAACAUUCGAUCGCCUGUGCCUUUCAAAAAGAACUUUGCAUUUACAUAAUAACAUUUGUGGUGACGUCAGUACGACGGUGACGCUUGCAGUCCGCAUAAAGUGCUGAAGGCGGCGAAUCUUAAACUUCACACUGGUUAUGGAUUGAUAGAUGGUCUCUGAAAAACAUCUUACAGACGUAUGGAUGUCAUAUUGGUGACGAAUGAUAUUGGUUUUCUACCGGUGUGAAGCAAAACGCGAAACUAAACUAAGCACUGAUACGGAAACUUGCACCCAACCAUCUUGGCUCAAAAAGUCUACAAUCGAUCUUUCUGAUUCCAAAAUCCAUCUUGCAUCAUCUACUCGCAUUUCCAUGUAUUCCAUAGCAAAACAACAUCACGCUCGCGUAUGUUUUCGAUUAAUGGCACCCCUACACACACCAUUAUUUAUACGACGGGUGUAAAUUAGAAGAAGCUAUUAGACGUCUGUAAUGUCAAGAGUUGUGAUUUACACUUUAUGGGAAAAUCCUGAGGGUUGAGCGUAAUAUAUGGAAACUGAAUAUGUGGAUGGGACAUCUUCAAACAUAUUGCCUCACUUGCUUCCGUACCUUUCUUGUCUCCUCACUCCUUUGCCUUUCCGCCUUUACUUCCUGUGCUUCUGGUGACUGGUGAUUUAUUUCUCCUGCCCCUGACUUGUUUUGCCAAACACUGCACACGUACUACUAUGGAGGCCAUCGACAAAAUCUAUAAUGUGUUCAAUUUUGCUUCGUAUUUGUGUCGGGGCUGAGUAAAGAAGUUGUAUCAUAAAAUAAGUGUAUUUAAUUUUUGUACAAAAACAGAUAUUUUCAUGAAUUUGCCAAGAUGUGUUGCUUGUUUUCUAUUGCGGCAGGCAGACGUGGACUGCGUAACGAGUUUGCUUGUAUCGUUUGUUUGCUUAUGUGCGCACACAACAGUUCUCUUUCAAAAAAAAAAACUGU